CCUGAGCUGCCGCUCCAGCUAUGCCACCCGGCCCUGUGUGGCCCCUAGCUGCCACAGUGGCACCCUGCCUGGGGCCUGCAACAUCCCUGCCAAUGUGGGCAACUGCAGCUGGCUCUGUGAGGGCUCCUUCAAUGGCAACGAGAAGGAGACCAUGCAGUUCCUGAAUGACCGGCUGGCCAGUUACCUGGAGAAGGUGCGCCAGCUGUAGCGGGACAACAUGGAGCUGGAGAGGAAUAUCCAGGAGCGAAGCCAACAGCAGGAGCCCUAUGUGUGUCCCAACUACCAGUCCUAUUUCAGGACCAUCGAGGAGCUGCAGCAGAAGAUGUUGUGCACCAAAUCUGAGAAUUCCAGGCUGGUGGUGCAGAUUGACAAUGCCAAGCUGGCUGCAGAUGACUUCAGAACCAAAUAUGAAACAGAGUUGGGCCUGCGGCAGCUGGUGGAGUCAGACAUAAAUAGCCUGCACAGGAUCCUGGAUGAGCUGACCCUGUGCAAGUCUGACCUGGAGGCCCAGGUGGAGUCCCUGAAGGAGGAGCUGCUAUACCUUAAGAGCAAUCAUAAGCAGGAAGUGAACACCCUGCGCAACCAGAUUGGAGACCGCCUCAAUGUGGAGGUGGACGCUGCCCCCACUGUUGACCUGAACCGCAUGCUCAAUGACACCAGGAGUCAGUAUGAGGCCCUGGUGGAGACCAACCACAGGGAUGUGGAGGAGUGGUUCACCACCCAGAUUGAGGAGUUGAACAAGCAGGUGGUGUCCAGCUCUGAGCAGUUACAGAGCAACCAGGCAGAGAUCAUCGAGCUGAGACGCACAGUCAACGCCCUGGAGAUUGAGCUGCAGGCCCAGCACAACCUGAGAGACUCUCUGGAGAACACGCUGACAGAGACCGAGGCCCGCUACAGCUCGCAGCUGUCCCAGGUGCAGGGCAUGAUCACCAACAUGGAGUCCCAGCUGGCUGAGAUCAGGAGUGACCUGGAGCGGCAGAACCAGGAGUACCAGGUGCUGCUGGAUGUGUGUGCCCGGCUGGAGUGUGAGAUCAACACAUACCAGGGUCUACUGGAGAGUGAGGACUGCAAGCUUCCUUGUAACCCCUGCACCACAACCAAUGCAAGUGGCAAGUCCAUGGGGUCCUGUAUCUCCAGUGCCUGUACUCCCUGUGCUGCAUCUGUGCCUGGCACACCCAGCUUCCCCCGGCCCCACUACGGAUCCUGUAACUCCUUUGUGCGCUAGAGCCCAGGGCUGCUAGAGGAGAAGGGAGGCCAGAGUUUCAGUUCUUCCACCUGGCCCUGGUUCCUUCUACAUAAUGGGUCUGAAAACACGGUGUGCCUGGUUGGGGCUGCCUCUAUGAGGUAGCUAGGAAUGUCAUCCAGCCUGCCAUGGACCAUUCUCUGUCCACCCUUUCUUACUUCACUAUAGUUGCUCCUACUUUGCUUGCUCAGAGAACCCUUCCCAGUGCCAGCGGCACUCUCUUGGAACCUCUUAAUAAACCUGGCAGAACAGA